AAAAGGGUAAAAGCGCCUGGAGCCCGAGUCCGAGGCAUGUGGCGUUCGCCAAGGGAGAGAAAGUGGUCACCAGCAGCGGGCGAUAAGAAAGAGAAAGGAAAAGGCAGCUUUGCGGACCAAGAGGAGACUAUAGACGGCGAGGGACGACGUAGAAAUGUGAAAUGUCAGGGAGCUUGGUGAGGGUUAUGAAGGAAGCAGCGUUAACAAAGUUUAAUGCGGAGCGGCUAUAAGGAUGAAGACGAAUGUGCUCGGGAUACAUAGACGGAUUGCACAAAAAGGUCACUUUUUCUAAUUAAAAAUUGAAAUAGAAAAUGGGCUUUGUUGGAAAACGAUUUACCAAAUUGAAUUAAAAGAAGAGACUAAUUUAAAGUUAAUAAACGUAUAGUUUAUAUUCUGUUUUCCACUUAAUUUUCCCACACCAAGAAGUUUCUUUAGAUGGAAGCGCGUUAGUGUCAAUCAUUGUGAGAUUAGUCACCACUGGGGAAACAUGCAUCUGGGCAAAGCGAUCUUCCUUUUACUACUCCUGAACUCCGUGACCAUGACCUUCUCGCUGUCCACUUGCGCCACCGUGGACAUAGACCACGUUAAGAAGAAGAGAGUGGAGGCAAUCAGGGGACAGAUUCUGAGCAAGCUGCGGCUGACCAGCCCGCCGCAGCCCCUCGAUCCGAGCCAGGUCUCCCUCCAAGUGCUGGCGCUAUAUAACAGCACGCGAGACCUGCUGGAGGAGCUAGGCAGGGACCGGCAGCAGAGCUGCGGCCAGGACAACACGGAGACUGAGUACUAUGCCAAGGAGAUAUACAGAUUCAACAUGAUUCACGGGCUGCAGGAUACUAAUGAUCUGCCCCGUUGCCAGAAGAGUGUCACCUCCAGGGUCUUUCGUUUCAAUGUUUCCUCCAUGGAAAGGAACUCCACCAACCUCUUCCGGGCCGAGUUCCGUGUACUCCGAGUUCCCAAUGUCCAUGCUCAGAGGAAUGAGCAAAGAAUCGAGCUGUACCAGAUCCUAAAGCCAGAUGAGCAUAUUGCUAAGCAGCGCUACAUCGGGGGCAAGAACGUGCUGACCAAGGGCACCCCAGAGUGGGUCUCCUUCGACGUGACUGCGACAUUGCGGCAGUGGCUGAAACAUCGAGAAACCAACCUGGGCCUGGAGAUCAGUGUCCACUGCCCCUGCAACACUUUAGACCCCAACGGCAACAUCAUCAAGAAUGUGAAGGAAGCACUUGAUGUCAAAUUCAAAGGGGUAGAGGUCGACUACGAUGAGCAUAGUGACCUGGGCCAGCCAAAGCGGUCCAAAGAGCAGAACUCACCCCACCUGAUCCUCAUGAUGCUGCCCCCCCACCGCCUGGACAGCCGGUCCUCAUUGCGCAGGGGCAAGCGCGCCCUGGACACCAGCUACUGUUUCUCGAAUUACGAGGAGAACUGUUGUGUACGAUCCCUCUACAUAGAUUUUCGCCAAGACCUGGACUGGAAGUGGAUACACGAGCCCAAGGGCUACUACGCCAACUUCUGCUCUGGUCCCUGCCCCUACCUCCGGAGUGCCGACAGCACUCACAGCACGCUGCUGAGCCUGUACAGCACCCUGAACCCCGAGGCUUCAGCCUCACCCUGCUGUGUGCCCCAUGAGCUGGAGCCCCUCACCAUCCUCUACUACCUGGGCCGGACGCCCAAGGUGGAGCAGCUCUCCAACAUGAUCGUCAGAUCCUGCAAGUGCAGCUGAGGGCACUGGUCCCACUGCAAGAUGAAUACCUCAACAUGCCGCCUCCCCACCCCAAGCUCUCACUCUUCCCAACACUAUCUAUUAGGCAUAGCACCCCACCUCUGACCUUAAGGACAACACAUCGCCAGCUGCUCCGCUCACACACGGACCUCCCUGCCCAGGUGCUCGGGUCCUCAGUGAGAAAUCAGCAUGAGGAUUUGUCCCCAACUCACAAAUCCUCAUUCUCAAAGUUUUCUUUUUUUACAGUUGCCGAGUAUUAUAACUGUACUUUAUUCCUUUGGACAAACUCUGGGCAUUUACUACAAAAAAAUCAGAAAAAUGGAGGGAAAAUGUUUGCACCACCCUGCUCAGCAGAGCUGCUGGAUUACGAGCAUUGCUGUGGUCGUAAGAAGAGAAGAUCUUUCGAGGAGCACCCCCAGGGCUGACUCUACACGAAGGGGCGAAGGUGACUGUUCUUCGACCAAAGUGUGGUACAGCCAUGGGAAAAUUGUUUUUCUGGGAGCGCUGACUUAAAGCCUGUGUGUGCAGAGGGGUUCAUCAUACUGGAAACCACCAGCACUGUGUAAUCCAAGAGCCAAACACUGUUCAUCUGCGAGGUUAUCCGGUGGACUCUAAUAGUCUUAGGAAAAAAUGCAACAUGCUGGAAAAAAGACAUUUGUUGAAACACAAUCAAAACUGUAUAUGUUGUCAUUGUUGAGUUUACCUCUGUUGUAACAGAUUUUUUAGGGAUUUUUAGUUAAUAAAUAAAAGCUGGCGUAUACUGUUGUACAAUUUAUGUCACCUUGUGAACGUUUCACUUUUCCAAAUUGUUUUUUGUCGCUAUUACCCCAGAAAACACUUUUUAUAUUAAAAACUGAUCUUUGACACAUU